AUGAAACCGGAACCCGAUACAGAUUCCCUGUUCGUAAUCGGAGCGGGAUGUGGUGGCACCGGGACGGCCACACUAAAAGCGGCUUUGGAAAUCCUGUUCAACAAACCGUGCUACGAUCUGACCACCCUGGUCCGGAAACAUCCGGACCACGUCCGGAAAUGGAUCGAGUUGGAUGAGCGUUUGACCGACGACCGGGCGGAAGAAGGGGACUCGAUUGAUCCGCAAACGGUUCGGGACAUUUUUCGCGGAUAUUCAUGCGCCAUGGAUUUUCCUGCGAUUAGUUAUUACUGGCAAUUGUUACACAUUUAUCCAAAUGCUAAAGUGAGUUAUGAUCGUCUAGCCAAAAAGUGUACUGCCUUUGAUACAGAUGGGGCUUUAUUUAGACGGCUAGCUUGUUUGUAA